AUGCCCAAUUCUUCGCCUUAUGCGCAGUCCUCGGGGUGUCUCUGCACAGCCCCCGUGAUGCAUUCACCAAUGAUCAGCCCCAGAAUGGAUCGCAACAUCAAGCGCGAGGACAUCAGCCGCAGUAAUGAACGCACACGUGAAGGUAAGGUAGCCAAAAUUCGGGGAGAGUUCGUUCCGCCAGAAGCCAGUCAAGAAAUCCUCAAAGUAUCAGACCAGGGCAAGAUACCCAGUUAUCUAAUCAUCAAAGGCUCGGUCUUCGACGUAAAGGUCGUUAAUAAAAGUGACAACGGUGUCGGUAGAGCAUGGAGUGAUUACGGCUGGAAAAUUACUUCGCCUGCUUCGCUGGGUGGGAAUCAUGUUGAUAUCCCCCCUAGCUUACUGGAGUCAGAAAAUCAACCGGGAACCACAACCACUCACGACCUGCUUGCGUUGCUCUUCGGACGGGGUACAGCCGAGACCACACCUGCGAGCUUACUGGACAUACUACCCGGGAGAACUCGGGGCAAAGUCGCGGCGCUUUUCAAGAAGGCGGAAAUGGAAACUUCGGUGCUGUCUCGGGCUCGGACUGAAGUGGGGUGUGAUUUCCUGCUUCUGUGUCCGGUUGUUGAAGAGGGUGUUGGUGGUGGGACGACGGUACACGAACGAGUUACUUCUUGUAAGGGAGUUAUGUUUUUGGAUAACAUGAAGGAGGCGGGAGCGGUUCAGAUGGAGGAGGUUGAUCGGUCACUUGGGGUUAGGACGAUGGAGGUGGUGAUACGUUGAUAAGUGAGUGGGCGUUAAGUCCGGUGUUGUAGGUUACCUUAGGUAGACAGUCUAAUACGGCUCGCUUUGGCUAGG